AAGGUAACAGGAGGCCGAGACCAGCCGAAAGACUAUAAAAGCUCGUAUAAACAGCCAGACUUUCAGUAGCAAACAAACUCUUGCUGCACCUGAAACUCUGAAAUAGUAGCUGAUUACUUGAGUGCGUAACGGGAAUGGCUUUGAGCACGUUAGUAGCGACUUUCCUGUGCACCAUUGUGCUUCCUAUCCUGCUCUUUUUAGUGGCGGUGAAACUCUGGGAAGUUUACAUGAUUCGAGGGCGCGAUCCCACUUGUCGCAGCCCGCUUCCUCCUGGUUCAAUGGGGUUACCUUUCAUUGGAGAGACGCUGCAACUGAUCCUCCAGAGGAGGAAAUUCCUUCGUAUGAAGCGCCAGAAGUAUGGCUGCAUAUACAGGACGCAUCUCUUUGGCAACCCCACCGUGCGCGUAAUGGGAGCCGAUAACGUCAGACAAAUUCUGCUGGGAGAACAUAAACUGGUGGCCGUGCAGUGGCCGGCGUCUGUACGGACCAUUCUUGGAUCGGACACACUCUCCAACGUCCACGGGACACAGCACAAAAACAAGAAAAAGGCAAUAAUGCGAGCAUUCUCCCGGGAUGCCCUUGAACACUACAUCCCGGUGAUUCAGGAGGAGGUGCGGAGUGCCGUGAAAGAAUGGCUGGAGAGUGACUCGUGCGUGCUGGUUUACCCAGAGAUGAAGCGCCUCAUGUUCCGUAUCGCGAUGAGGAUUCUCCUUGGUUUCGACCCAGAUCAGAUCAAGACCGACGAACACGAACUGGUCGAAGCCUUUGAAGAAAUGAUCAAGAACCUGUUCUCCCUCCCAAUUGAUGUCCCUUUCAGUGGUCUAUAUCGGGGACUGAAAGCUCGUAACUUCAUCCAUUCUAAGAUCGAGGAGAACAUCAAGAAGAAGAUCCGGGAUUCCGACCAGGAGAAAAAGCACAGAGAUGCGCUGCAGCAGUUAAUGGACAGCAGCAGAAAGAACGGCGAGCCGUUUAGCAUGCAGGCGAUAAAGGAGUCUGCCACAGAGCUGUUGUUUGGAGGUCAUGAGACCACAGCCAGCACAGCCACCUCUCUGGUCAUGUUCCUGGGACUGAACCCUGAUGUAGUCCGAAAGCUUCGACAAGAACUGCAGGAAAUGGAAGAGCAGGGUGUGGACCUGCAGGGCCAGAGUCUUAACAUUGAGGUUCUGGAGCAGCUCAAGUACACCGGCUGUGUCAUCAAGGAGACCCUCAGGAUCAAUCCCCCUGUACCAGGAGGCUUCAGAGUUGCCCUCAAGACAUUUGAACUCAAUGGAUACCAGAUUCCAAAAGGCUGGAAUGUCAUCUACAGCAUCUGCGACACACAUGACGUGGCUGACGUGUUUCCCAACAAAGAAGAGUUCCAGCCUGAGAGAUUCAUGGCCAAGCCCUCGGAGAACUCCUCCAGGUUCUCCUACAUCCCCUUCGGCGGGGGUUCCAGGAUGUGUGUGGGGAAGGAGUUUGCCAAGGUGCUCCUCAAGAUCUUCUUGGUGGAGCUCACCCUGCAGAGCGACUGGACUCUCCUAAACGGCCCCCCCACCAUGAAGACAGGACCCACCGUCUACCCCGUCGAUAACCUCCCCACCAAGUUCAGCCACUACAGUCGCAACUAAGCCAUGGGUCUCGAGAGACUAAAUCUGAUGUAGAUGUUGUAAAUAUUGUAUGGAUAUUUGUACGUGUUGUAGAUGAAAUAUACAUAUAUAUAUAUAUAUAUAUAUAUCGUUUUGUAUUUGCAUAUGUUAAUAUUAUAGAGUUGUGUAUAUAUCAUUUUUUUUAAACAAGAAGCACUGCACACUGAGAUGGAACACUUUAAUAUGGUCAAGGUGUCUAUGUGAUGUACAUUUGAAUGUAGAUUUGUUAUAUAGCUUUUUGUAUCUUACUGCAACUUAUUUAAAUCACACAUAAUUAUACA